GUUCUGAUACUCGUAUACUUAGUCGUGUUAAAAAUUCCUCAUACGCAAUUUAUAGUUACAACGGAUAUUGGAUGAAUUUUGGAAAUUCAGAUCUAUUGCUAAAUGGUGAGAAUGGUUCUUGCGCACAAAAUCAAUAUGAAAAUAAGAUUUUAGAUGCAAAUAACUUUGUAGUUGAGGAAUUAGAAACUUUUGUCGUGAACAAAAAUACAGGUUAG